AUGUCACUGAGUGAGGAGUCAGCUGAAGGCAGUGAUAAUGAGCCAGUUUUAAACCAAUCUGUUCUUGAAAACGAGGAGGAUAAUGGCCAGGACAUUCGUGGCAAUGAGAUGCCAUGUAUCCGGAAAAGAAUAACUGAAAAGGCUAAAUGGACCGAAGAAACGUUAAAACAAGCUGUCCGGCUGGUUUCAGAGGGAAAAUCAGUAAAAAGUGUAGCUGUACAGUUUGCCAUUCCAAGGUCAACGUUACGGGACAGACUAAAAUCAGAAAAAACGUGCGAGCCUUGUAUGGGAAGAAAACCUGUGUUUAACAAAGAGCAGAAAAAUGAGUUAACAGCCAGAGUAAUCGAUUUAGCUAACAUGUUCUACGUGAUAACCAUAACAGACUUGCGACGGUUGGCGUUUUCUGUGGCAGAAGAGCUAAAAAUUAGCCACAACUUUAAUAAGGAAACCCAGAUGGCUGGUGAGGAUUGGGUUGCAGGAUUUCGGAAAAGAAAUCCUCAGAUCAGUUUGCGGAAACCAUCUGCUACAAGUCUUAGCCGAGUAAUAGGGUUCAACAAACCGGAAGUAGACUUAUUUUUUAAGAACCUCGAAAAUCUAAUAGACAAACACAAAUUUCCAGCCAGUCGAGUCUUCAACAUGGACGAAACUGGGAUUUCAUCCGUUCAGAAGCCUGGCCACAUUCUAGCACCAAAGGGCCAGAAACAAGUUGGUGGAGUAACUAGUUGGGAAAGAGGACGAAACGUCACCGUAGUCUGUGCCUUCAGUGCAUCUGGCCAGUAUGUACCCCCGAUGUUUAUUUUUCCACGGAAAAGAAUGACGCCUCUUCUUGAACGCGGUGGACCACCCGGUGCGAUUUAUGGUUGCUCUCACAACGGCUGGUCUAAUGAGGAUCUGUUUUUGGACUGGUUGCAACAUUUUAAAUCCGUUUGCAAGCCAACUGAAGACGAACCGGUUCUCUUGGUUCUGGACAACCAUGGGAGCCAUAUUUCCUUGGACAGCUACACAUUCUGCCGCAAGAAUCACAUUCACAUUCUGUCGAUACCUCCUCACACAUCACACAAAUCCAGCCACUAG